CCUGCCUUUAUAGCCAGCUAACCUGUCCUGCCUCUUCUAAGCCAAAAUGGAGUUUCACAACCACAGGUCACCUCUUCUUGUUUAUCUUCAAUUAGUUAUUUUCUUCUUUAUCAAUGUCCCCUGGCUGCAAGCUAACGCUUCAGGAAAUGAGACUGAUCGGCUUGCUUUAUUGAAAUUCAAGCAAGGGAUAAGCAGUGAUCCUCAUGGAAUCUUCAAUUCCUGGAAUGAUUCUUUACACUUUUGCAAGUGGUAUGGAAUCACAUGCGGUCGCCGCCAUCAAAGAGUCACAUCCUUGGAUUUAAAAGGGCAGAAUUUGAUUGGAUCCAUAUCACCACACAUUGGCAAUUUGAGUUUUCUCAGGACUCUUGAUCUUGAAAACAACAGUUUUCAUGAUCAUAUUCCGCAAGAAGUUGGUAAGCUCUUCAGACUGCAGUAUUUUCUUCUCAACAACAACACACUACAAGGGGAAGUUCCGAGCAACUUAAGUCGCUGCUCCCAGCUCAGGAUAAUUGAUUUACUGUUUAAUGAAGUUGAGGGAAAAAUCCCUGCAGAGCUUGGCAAUUUGGCAAACCUAGAAAUGCUUCUUCUUGGUGUAAACAAGAUUAGAGGGGAAAUUCCAACAUCACUUUGCAACCUUUCAUCUCUCACCAGAUUUUCUGUUACUAGAAAUAAUUUGGUGGGAACUAUUCCAGUUGAUAUGGGAAGAUUAACAAGCUUAACAUUUUUCACAGUUGCAGCCAACCAUCUAUCUGGUAUUAUCCCUGCAUCUCUUUUUAAUAUCUCUUCAAUCAUUUUCUUUUCAGCAGCAGCAAACCGACUGAAUGGAAGUAUACCAGAUAAUAUAGGCCAAACCCUCCCAAAUCUUCAACAAUUUCACAUUGGUGGAAAUGAAUUCUCUGGUUCGGUCCCAAAUUCUUUUUCCAAUGCUUCUAAUUUGGUAAAGUUUUCUAUUUCUAUAAACAGAUUUGAGGGACAAGUUCCAAGGUUUGGAAAUCAUCAAAAUCUUUUGUGGCUAGAGGUUUCCCAGAAUAAUUUAGGGAACAACUCAGCAAAUGACUUGGAAUUUCUUACAUCUUUAAAAAACUGUAGCAAUUUGGAAAUCUUGGAUGUUGGUUAUAAUAAUUUUGGAGGCUUUUUACCAAAUUCUAUAGCCAAUUUAUCAGUUCAGCUUAAUGGUUUGUAUUUUGGCGGUAAUCAAAUCACUGGAAUUAUUCCAGAAGCAUUAGAAAGUCUUAUCAACUUAAUGGAUUUAGGCAUGGAGGAUAACUUUUUUACUGGUGUCAUUCCAUCAUAUUUUGGCAAGUUUCAAAAGCUUCAACGAUUGCUUUUAUGGCACAACAGAUUGUCAGGUCGAAUUCCAUCUUCCUUCGGCAACCUCACCCAAUUGUCUGUACUUAUUUUGUCACAGAACAACUUUGAUGGAAGCAUUCCUUUAAGCAUUGGAAACUGCAGGAGUUUGAAUGUCCUAAACCUUGCGCGAAAUAACCUCAACGGGGCAAUACCUCAAGAGCUUACAGGCAUUUCUUCCUUGUCAAUAUUACUAAAUUUAGCGCAUAACUCCUUUACAGGCAAUCUACCAGUAGAAGUAGGGAAACUUGGAAAUGUAAAUACUCUGGAUGUUGCAGAAAACAAACUUUCAGGUGAAAUACCUACAACCAUUGGAGAUUGUUUGGGCCUGGAAUAUCUUUAUAUGGCAGGAAAUUCGUUUCAAGGUACCAUCCCUUCAUCUUUAGCUUCUUUGAGAGGCCUUCAAGAAUUAGACCUUUCGCGGAACAAUUUGAGAGGAGAAAUUCCAAAAGACUUGCAGAAUCUUCGUUUUCUGCUAUAUUUGAAUUUAUCUUUCAACAAUCUUGAGGGUCAGGUUCCAACAAAAGGCGUCUUCACAAAUGCAAGUGCAUUGUCACUCAUUGGUAAUACUAACCUUUGCGGUGGUGUGCCGGAACUUAGUCUACCAAAAUGCCCUGUGAAGAAGAAAGGAAAUCCUCAUCAUGCUUUAAAACUAGGGGUCAUAAUUUCCUUCUUGGUUCUGUUUGUUCUGUUGGUGUUAGUCUUUCUUUUUGCUUACCGACACAGAAAAUCUAAAAAAAGCACUUCUUCUACACCCUUAAUGACGGAUCAGAACAUAAGGGUCUCCUACCACGAUCUUCAUCUGGCAACAAAUGGAUUCUCUUCCGUCAAUUUAAUUGGAUCUGGAAGCUUUGGUUCUGUAUACAAAGGAUUUAUCAAUCAAAUGGAAAGUCCAGUAGCCAUCAAGGUGCUAAAACUUCAACAAAAAGGUGCUUCCAAGAGCUUCAUGGCAGAAUGCAACGCAUUAAGGAAUGUACGGCAUCGAAAUCUUGUCAAGCUAUUAACAUAUUGCUCCAGCUUGGAUUACAAACAAAAUGAAUUCAAAGCUCUAAUUUUUGAAUUCAUGGAAAAUGGAAGUCUAGAGAAUUGGUUGCAUCACAACAAUAACGACAGCAACAGUCAGCCCAAAAAUUACUUGAAUUUCAUCCAAAGAUUGAAUAUUGCAGUUGAUGUGGCGUCAGUAUUGCAUUAUCUUCAUGACCUGUGUGAAAGUCCCAUCAUUCAUUGUGACUUAAAGCCGAGCAAUGUUCUUCUGGAUGAAGACAUGAUCGCUCAUGUCAGCGAUUUUGGUUUGGCUAGGCUGUUCUUGACCACCGCCGCCGGUGAUUUAUCUCAGGGUCAAAGCAGCUCAACAACUGGAAUAAAAGGGACUUUUGGAUAUGCUCCUCCCGAAUAUGCAAUGGGUAGUGCAGCAUCAAAAGAGGGAGAUGUGUACAGCUACGGGAUCCUUCUGCUAGAGAUGUUUUCAGGAAAGAGGCCAACCGAUAAAAUGUUUGAAGACGGUUUGAAUCUCCACAACUUUGUGAAGAAUGCAUUACCAAAAGGAGUGGAGCAGAUCAUGGACCAAUCCCUUCUGCCGACUGAUAUUGAAGGAACAUCAGGAGAUGAAAAGGAAGACAACAGCAAGGGAAAUUUCAGACAAACGAGAGCUAACGAUCAGCUGCAGAAAGGGUUGCUUUCAGUAUUCGAAGUUGGAAUAGCUUGUUCAAGAGAAUCACCAAAAGAAAGAACGAAUAUGAGAGAUGUCUCUAAAGAAUUACAUUUGAUGAAAAGUGCUUUUGUUGGAGUCCGGAUUUAUGGAUAGAGAAUUUACUAGAAUAGCGCAAAUUGAUUGGCAAAUACAGGUACAGUAAUUUUAAUGGAGGUUCUUGAAGGAAUCAGAUAUCCAUUAGCGUAAGGCUUUAAGCUUGUUAUGUACAAAUAAUAAUAGCGAAAGAUAUAAACAGUAAAUAUGUCAGAAUAAGACAAAUAAGGCAUGGUAACGAGAUUUUGCAA